GAGGAUGCCAUCAAUUCAUCCUUGCUUGGAGUACUGAAACAUGACUAUAUGAAUGGAUUGACGUAAAUAUAGUAGUAAUUAUAUGUAUUGAUUUUCACUCAUCACACCUGCCUGGAUGUUUUGCUUAAUAAUCAGGUAACCAGCACACUUUGGUCAAUGAUUCACGAAAUCUUUCCCCGCUUUAAUUCAACACCGUGAUAUGGACAUGGAAAAAGUCAGUUGUGUCAGAGAGAUGUCACGGGGUGUUUGGAGAGACGCUCGCGCUGCAGGACUCGCGGCUCGCUGAUCUCCUAGCAAACUCCACGCGCGUCAAUGACGUUGGCUCCUUGGUUAAGGCUGGCACGGCUUGGCCUGCUGACUGCGUGUCUUUAUUCAUGGCUGGUGGUUGACGGAUGCGGCCCGGGUCCCGGUUACGGCGGUCGCCACAGGCAGCGCAAGUUGACUCCGAUGUCCUAUAAGCAAUACGUGCCCGGCGUCUCCGAGAACAACCUGGGCGCGAGCGGAAGAGCGGAGGGCAGGAUCACGCGCAGCUCGGAGCGCUUCAAUGAGCUCGUGUGCAACUACAACACUGACAUUGACUUCAAAGACGAGGAACGCUCCAAUGCUGACCGCUUCAUGACCAAGCGCUGUAAGGACUGUUUAAAUAAACUGGCAAUAGCAGUAAUGAACCAGUGGCCAGGGGUUCGACUGCGGGUGACAGAGGCCUGGGAUGAGGAUGGCCAUCACCCUCCUGGUUCUCUACAUUAUGAGGGCCGUGCAGUCGACAUCACCACCUCAGAUCGGGACACAAAAAAAUACGGCCUACUUGCACAGCUGGCAGUCGAGGCAGGAUUUGACUGGGUGCACUAUGAAUCCAAGUAUCACGUGCACUGCUCUGUCAAAGCAGAUCACUCUGUAGCCGUGGAGAAAGGUGGCUGCUUUUCGGCAUCUGGACUUGUGACAAUGGCUGAUGGUGUACAAAAGCCCAUGUCAUGUUUGUGGCCUGGAGAGAAGGUGCUUUCUGUGUCUGGGUCAGGUGAAGUUGUUUUUAGUCGGGUACUUCUCUUUCUUCAUCUGGACAGAGAGAGCAGAACCAGUUUCUUUAUUAUUACUACUGAAAAUGAGAAACGAAUAGCACUUACUCCCAAUCACCUCAUCUUUGCGGCUCACAAUCUCAAACUGCACCAUCAUGACUAUGAAACUGUAUUUGCCAGAAAUGUUAGGAUUGGGGACUAUAUACUUACUACUGGUGGCGAUAGAGGAAUCCAGCCAUCUAAAGUGGUCUCAGUUUCUCUGGAGGAGAGGAUGGGGGUUUAUGCUCCCUUGACAGAACAUGGGAACCUAUUUGUGGAUGGCGUGCUGGCGUCCAACUACGCUACUUUUCAGGAUCACGGACUCGCGCACACUGUAUUUUGGCCUUUUCGUGUCCUGUUUGUCUUUUUUAACAAAGAAAUGGAGGAGGACUUGCAAAGAGUGGCGGUGCCUUAUAUCUGUUCCACAAAUCAGACCAUUCUCACAAGUGUGAUGCACAGUAGAUUAUCCAGUGUGUUCAAAUGGCAAGAUGCCACAAGGGCUGAAAUGGAAAAUGCUUUCUUGCAACAAAAGGAGGUUUACUGGUAUGCAAGGCUUUUGCACACAUUAGGACGUAUAUUUCUUGACCCACAAAGAUUUUAUUGAUGGUCAAGACACUGAAUAUGCUCAGGGAUGGGCAAAAAUAUUAAAAUGUAUUUUAAAAUAAAAUACCAAAUAACUCAAUCUUAUAUGUAUCAAAAUAAACUACAAAACACAUCAGCCACUAAUGUAUCAAAAUAAAAUACUGUACUUUGAAAAUACUA